UUGAUAAUGGCCGCACCCCCAGAAUAAACUAGUGGACCAUUCCACUGAGACGCGAGCGAGGGGGGCUGCGUCUACGGAUUUGCCGUGACGCGCGGUGUUCUCGAUGUUUGCGUGCUCGCCAAGGCGGAGAAGAACCGAGUUGCCUGAGCGGAGGGGGAACCAAGCCGAACACAUUCUUUACGGUGAAGAAGCACUAUGGAUGAAAAGGAGCAGUUUGUAAACAUUGAUCUGAACGAUGACAACAUCUGCAGCGUCUGCAAGUUAGAGACGGAAACGGGGACCCUGUCUUUCUGUCACGUGUGCUUUGAGCUUAGCAUUGAAGGUGUCUCCUCUGCUACCUUAUUACAUUCAAAGUCUCUGCGUGGCCACAGAGACUGCUUUGAGAAAUGUCACCUCAUUGCCAACCAGAAGCUGUCACGUUCCAAGGCCUCUCGAAGUGCCUAUGAGGGCAUGAAGUUGGCCCUUAGCCAGAAGCUGACCCGCAUCAUCCAGUAUGCUCAGAACAAAGACUCUGUCUCUCCCAACGGCCCCAGCAGACGUGGGGGCAAGCUUCUUUGUUACAGCCAACAGAAUGACCGCAAGCUCCUACCCCAGUCGGAUGCCCAGGUGCCACGCUACGCGCCGCGCUGGGACACAGCCAAAACUACAGGGCUGCCUGAUUACACCAUGGGCCUGUUGGAGUGCCAAACGGCAGAGGAGCUAGGGCUGCUGCAGGACUGUCAGUCCAAUGAUUGGUCCAAUAACAAGAGGAGGAGUCUAUGUAGUCGGAACCAGCCAGGAGGAGGGCAGACACAGCACCGAGGUCAUGGCCAAAGCAGAGAUGAAUUGUCUAAGAUGAGUGUGGAUGAGCUCCAUCAGCUGAACUCCCAGCUACUGAUGCAGAUUCAGAAGGUUUUUGAGGAGCUGACCGUAGCUGUGCAGGAGAAGGACUCACUGGCAUCGGAGCUGCAUGUGCGUCACAUUGCCAUUGAGCAACUCUUUAAGAACUGUGCCAAGCUGCCCUGGCUGCACAUUAGCAGAGCUGGGGUCAAGGCCAGCAGCAGCAGCAGCAGCAGCAGCAGCGGGCCUGUCGAUUGAGGUGCAAGCUGCAGCUUGUGUCUUCACUGCUUAGAGGAAAGCCAACACUUGAACACAGGCUGUAGUGUGGCUGUCAAUGCCUUUAUACAUGGAUAAGUGACUUUUACACUACGGUGACACUGAGUUUUUAGCUCUGUCUUAGAGCAGCAUUAAGGGCUAGGUUGGCAUGACCUCCAUUCUUGUGGCUACAGUUUUGAUAAAAAUAAUAAUGGUGGAGGGCAACACAUGAAAUGCAACCAGAUCUCCCCCUACCCCAAAUAGUCAGAAUCUAUGCUAAUAACAGGUGAGACUCUGGGUCCAGCACAUAAUGGGGGGGCGGGUGCUUUAAAUAUUUAGCAUACGAUAGACUGAACAGCAUUUUGUCCGUGUGCAUUUACAAACAUGUUUGAUGGUUUUGUUUAAUUUGCUGUAUGUUUCCAUAGUUUCAUUUCAUUUGGUGAAGAUGCCUUUUGCCCUCAAAGUAUGUUAAAUAUAAUAUAACCAAACAUGGGUUAUUUAGCACCACUGACUUCUGCACUGGCUUCUGCAUAUGCGAUAAGUGAGAAGCUAAGUGUAGUGUUUUAUAACAUGCAAUGGAUGAAUAUUCAAUACAAAUUGGCUUUUUUUUUAUACCAGUAUGCACGACUACAAGCAGUCUUCAUCUUCCAGCUGCUCCGUAGGAGUAUAGGGUUUGGAAGUAUGAGUGUUUUUAUUUGUUUUCCAAAUAUUCAAGCUAACCCGACACUUUAUAAAAACUGUUGUCCUCUGACAUAUUUCUGGAUGGCUCAUACACACUACCAGCUAGACGUCCUUUAAAAAUACAGAAUAUAUUCAAGCUCACCAAAAAUGUGAGCUUAAAAUAAGAUCAAGUCUAAUCUGGAUAAGCACAAGUAUCCAUCAGUGUGAGAAAGAGGUUUAUAGUGAAAGUCACAUCUCUGUACCUGCUGAGCAUGUGAAAUACUUUCUCUGAGAGAAAUGUUUCUUUCAAUUAUACAGUUUGGUUUAAAUUUACUACUAUUUCUAGUGAGAUUUACUUGAAGUACAGACCUGUUUGUUGUAUAGCUUCCAAGUACAAGUCACAUGUGACUUUGCACUGAAACAACUGCAUGGUUGAAAAGAAAUAUUGAAAAGAAAAUCAAGCUUUCAAACCAAAGUCUUUCACGAGUGAAAUUUAGGCAUUUGACUCAUUGACCUUUCAGAUGACCUUAUGAGAGUUACAAAUUGAAUCCGUUAUUAAAACUGUAUGAUGCUUCUUGUUUUGUUCACCAUAGAUUUUUACCCUGAACCUUUAGCUGUUACAAUGGUUUUUCAAAAGUAACAGUUUGUUUACCCCCCCACCAGCCCAAGCACUAGGUGAGAGCAUGUGUUACAGCAAUACAAACAGGAUAGUCUGGUCUAUUGUGCCUCUGGUUUCUGGAAGACAAAACAAGAUAAAGGUUAAGAUAAAGUUGAUCAUCACCUUCAGUUUUACUUGACUUAUUAUUCAUUUAUGACCCUAUGCAAGUAAUAGACAAAAAGUCAGCCUUAUCAAAUAGAAAUAUCUAAAACAAUAUUGGUGAUUUGAGUUUUUCCUGGACCUACACUAAUGACCUGGGAAAGAUGUUAAAAUGUGAACGAUGUUUAGAAAAAAUCAGCGUUGUCACUGUUUCUUCGCUCUCUCUUUGUAAGAGAUUUAAUGUAUCUGACCCCUUUUUCGGGUUUCACGUUAAAAUGUUUAGCUUACUUGAAGACAUUUAUUUUGGAUAAAUAUGUGUAGUGUGAGUAUCUGAGAAACUUCAUGGCUGGCCUUUUCAAUCUUUAGGUGCGUGUGCGUGUGUGUUUUACUGGUGUACUGUGCAUAUCUGUAUACUGUUGAAACAUGCCUGGGCCUAUGCCUGUACUCAGCAGAAAAUUUGGGCUGCUUGUUAUUGCUUGUCUUUUUUGGCAGUGUCAUUAACUUUUACUGGAAUAUGUAAACUUACCUGUUCCAUUUUCACCUUCUUUUAUGAACUUGACUCAUAAACUCUUCGGUUUGCGAUUAUUGAGAAAGGCUGCGUUUGUGUUGUGAUCUUUUACAUUUUAUUUAUUGUAUGUGUUCAUUGACGUUACACAAGCUGUGUGAUUUCUGCUUAAAUGACUUUGUAUUUUUUGUAAAGAAAUAUUCCAAUAAAAUUAUUUUACUACA